UGCAACAGAGUGACUUACACUGUCAGAACCAUCUGUGCCUUCAGAGGCUCAUCAGUGGACAUUUCUUGCACAUACAACAGUUUUGGAUCUGUCACAUCCAAGUUCUGGUUCAGUCCUGAACGUAGCCAUCGUUGGCAGCGUUCCUCACAGCCUGAGGACCUUAGUAGAGACUCCCAGUAUGCAGGUCGUGUCCAGGUCCUCGAGACAAAGACAGGACGCUCCACUCUGAGAAUCACUGACCUGAGAGAGAGCGACUCAGCCCAGUAUCGCUUCACAUUCAACCUAUCAAACUUUGAAUUUGGGAACAGUUUACCUGGUACAACUCUGACUGUCACAGAUCCAGCUUUGCAGGUGGUCAGAGUAACAGCCCAUCAGUCUCAUACUGAGGUAGAGCUGAAGUGUCACAGCCGCUGUAGUCCAGCUGCUCGUCCUUCCUACGUGUGGUUCAAGAAUGGAAAGGAAAUCAUGAACCAGCAAAGUUUUUCUUACACAGGCCAGUUUGAUCCUGGAGAUGGUUUCUCUUGUGCUUUGAAAGGACAUGAGGAUCACGCCUCUCCCUCAGUGUAUCCUCCAAAGCCUCCUUCAGUGUCAGUGAGUCCCUCUGCUGAGGUAGAGGAGGGCAGCUCAGUGACUCUGACCUGUAGCAGUGACGCUAACCCAGCAGCUAAUUACACCUGGUACAAGGAGAAAGAAGAGUCACCAAAAGCUUCAGGACAGAACUUCACCAUCACUGACUUCAGACCUGAACACAGUGGGAAUUAUUCCUGUGAAGUCCAGAACAGAAGAGGACGUCAUAGCCCCACCGUACAUCUGACUGUUGCAGGUGUUACAGGUCAGCUUCCAUUCAGUUACACACACUGCAGUAGAGGAUCAUAACACGCCAUCAGGUGUAAUGCAAAUCUUGUGAAACUCCUCUUAACAUGUGCACAGUAGCCUGGCUGUGUUUGGAAAUGCAUUUUAUUAAAUCUCCCUCUGUUCUACCAAGAUAGUGUUUUAAUAAUCAUAUUAAAAUCAUUCUCGUUAGUGAAGAAGUCUGAAAACAUUGUCCAUGUGUUGUAGGGU